AACACAGGCUCUUCCAUCCUUGGACGCGGAUCCGACGGAGAAACGGGGGUUGGGCAUCGGGUCAACGCGCGCCUGCAGCAAGAGGAAGAGCCUCGUCCCGCCGAAGACUCGAGCUUGAGUCAGCCCAGCCCCCGAUGCCCGUGCCACCUGUUCCCGUGGAUGCCCCCGGAGCGCACGGCGACGGCGGUGCGGCAGCGGAAGGAAGAGUGGCCCGGGUCACGCUGGGGUGGCAGAAGGGAGGCCCUGGUUCCAGAGGCCCGGGCAGAGGGGGUGGCGGGGGUCGCACAGUCUGGAAGAGAACAGAAACGGCAUCCGGGGAACUGGACGGGGCCUGUGGCCACCACGGCUCAGAGCCCUUCUUGUUCAACCCACUGCCCGCCGCCAGCCAGCCCCAGCCGAGCCAGGAGAAGGACCCGGGUGAGGAGACGGAAGCAUCCACAGACACCAGGACGCUGGCCCUAGAGUCAGCCAUGACAGGGGCCGACAUCCUUCAGGCGUCUUCCCAGCACCAAGAACAAGCUGGGGGAACCGCGCCGCAUCUCCGCGAGGCCGCUUCAGCCCGCACGUCCUCUUCUGCCGCUGAAGAGAUCGGGCCGAGGACGCGGUUAGGCGACGGAGCCCGGGCCAGACCUACCUCUUUCCACUAUGGCUGGCGACCCCGCUUGCCAGGUGGAGCCGCGAGACAGAGCCUGGGCCGCCGGGCACCGGUCCUGCCUCUCCCUCUCCCCACGGGGUCGCCAGGGCCGAGGACACCCGAACCGCCUUAUCGUCCAUAA